GCAGAGACUGUUACCCUCGCGUGCGCCGGGCAGCCGGGACAGCGCGCGGAGAGAGCGGAGAGCAGAGGGGGGAAAGGUGUUUCACCUGAGGACACUCUGGAGUAAAAAAAAAAAACCAACAAUAUUCCCUGAACUCUGCUAGUUUUGCUGUAGUUUUCUCGCUGCAAACGGAGAAGCGGAGCCUUUCAUCUUCACUGACGGCUCGUUUCACGUGCGCUGCUCUGACAGCCGCGCGCGCCGAGCUGCCUCGGACGUAACACCCUCGAGCUUUUCUUUUUAAUUCUCCAUUUUAAACUCCUCUUUUCUGCCUUUAAAGGGAGGAAACUCGCAUCUUUCUUUCUGAGGACUUCAGCUUAUCAAACAGAGAGUGAAGAAUAUGGUUCGCUUUUCUUGCCAGUGACGACAGAAAGAUUGAACUCGAAGUGGAAAUUUGUUUCGUGGGAGAAAAGUGAAAGAAAACAUCAAAACAAGAGUCUGCGAGGCGGACGGAGGUCGUAAACUGAAGGAGGAGGAUCCCCCUCAGUGCUGUGUUCGCCUUCACUGUCCUGAACAACAUUGAUGCUUUGACGUAAGACUCCCCUCUGCAUCACACCUGCCAACACAGAUUUAGAGGCACUGAAGGGAACGCCGCUAUUUGGCAGCAGACCAGCGCCAUUCAACUGUUAGACCGCUCAACAAGUUGGUGGAGGACAACGGCCUGCCUGUCUCUCUUUCUCUGUCUCUCUCCCUCUCUUUCUGUUCGUCUUGGAUCUCUGCGUGUCUUUCUCUCCGUCUGUCCGUCAGUCUUUCUGUGUAUGCAGCUGAGCAGCAGCAUGCCUGUAUGUUUGCCAGCAGCACAAGCAGAAGCAUUAUGGAAGUGAAAGAGCGACGUCCAUACUGCUCUCUCUCCAAGAGCCGCAAGGACAAGGAGGGACCUUACACAGGUUCAUCAGGAGACAGUGAGGACUGUGCCAUCAGCUCUCAGGGGCUCCGGGUUCCCACUCAGAAGUCGUACUCAUCCAGUGAAACCCUGAAGGCCUUUGACCAGCACCAGGACCAGACCAGGUUACUGUACGGGACGACGACCAAGGCACACAAGGACAUGGUUCACCGUGAACAGGAUGACUAUAACAGACAAGGUCAGCACUUCAGUCUCCGUCAGCUAGGAAUCUGUGAGCCGCCGUCCCGCCGUGGCCUGGCCUUCUGCUCUGAGAUGGGACUCCCCCACCGUGGCUUCUCGGUUGGAACGGCCCCGGACCUGGACGCCGACAGCCAGGCCGUGAUGUCACCUGAGCGUGCCAUGAGGCUGUGGGGUCGCGGGGGUCUGGGUAAAUCCUCCGGGAGGAGUUCCUGCCUGUCCAGCCGCUCCAACUCAGUGCUGACUCUGACCGACACGGAGCAUGAGAACAAGUCGGACAGCGACAACGGUAUUGGUAUCAUCGAGUACACGAGUGUAUGCAAUGUGAUCGACAAGACCGGCGCUGUCGUACACAACAAGAAGUGA